AUGCUUAAUCAAAUCAUUCCAAGAUCAGCCUUGUUAUCCCACUUGAUCCUCAUCAUCACGCAAUUAAAUUGGGCUUGGGAUUUCAUUCUCUUCCAAUCUUUCUUUCAGCCUCGUGGCCCCGAAUUUUUAAAAGAAUAUGCGGACAUGACCACGUACGAGAAGGGUGGAGAUCCCGAGGAGUCAGAAGAGUGUGCUGUUUGCUUGUGCAGAAUUGAACAAGGGGACGAUGUUCGGGAAUUGAGGUGUCAACAUUUUUUUCACGCUGUGUGCUUGGACAGGUGGCUCGGUUACGGGCAUGCCACCUGUCCCUUGUGCCGGAAUAAUCUGUGGCAGCCACGUCUUGCGGCCGAUCUCCACCAUGAGCUUAUAGUGAUCGACAUUUGCGCUGCAAGCUCCAGGGAUGACCGCCAUGUGUGGAAGACACAAGGAGCAUCUUGGUUGUUGAACUCCUGGUCUACUCUGAUACUCAUCCUGCAAAAUCAUGUGAGCAUUACUAUAAAAAAUGGGACUAACACUAGGCUAAAUGACUAUCACUGGGUCCCUAGGCUGAGAGGUGGAAAACCUGAACUAUAUCUCGAAUUGAUGUUGGUGAAGGAUUUGAUGUGUGGUAGGGGGAGGAUUUGGGAUGCUGGCCUAAUUCGAGCUCUGUUUAAAAUGGAAGAUGUUGGAGAGAUCUUAAAGAUAGAGGGCCUGAAUCCUAGGACUGAGGAUGUGUGGAGUUGCUCUUUUUCCAAAAAGGGGAGGUUCUCUGUAAAGACAAUGUACUUUAUGUUGUUUAAAUCAAAGAUUCCCUUUACAGACAUAAUUAAGAGAGCAACCAUGAUCCAAAUCGUCCCACAAUCAGGCUUGCUAACCUCCAUAAUUUUAGCUGGCAUGCAUCUAAAAUGGGCUUGGGAUUUUCUCCUCCGCGUAGCCUUCUUCCAGCACUCGUUCGGACAAAUACUGCAUAAACACGAGGACGAUUUUAGUGUCGCCCGAUAUAAAGAUGUUGCUGAUGGGCCCACAGAGUCGGCCGAAUGCGCCGUUUGUUUGUGCGGGAUAGACAAGGAUGAUGAGGUGAGAGAAUUGAGGUGCGAGCAUCUAUUUCAUUGGGCUUGUUUGGACAGGUGGUUGGGGUACGGCCAUAUGACGUGUCCCGUCUGCCGGAAUAGAUUGAAGCUGCCGCCAGUCGAGGCGGAGAUCCACCAGGAGCUGGUGGUCAUCAAUUAUUGCACCGCCGGCGGCCGUGAGAGAUGUCUAGUAAGCAUAUCCCUUGCCGUCGAGAGCUCACCGAAAUCUCAAUUGGAAGAUUUUGACCACCCAGGCAUUGCCCUUUCACCGACAGCAGGUGGUGUACUAGUCCCGUCGCAAGGAGCAGGUGCUCUGAGCUUGGUGUUCACGGCAAUGUCGACGCCACGUUCUUGCUACCAGAGGAGCGGCCAUUUCCAUUUUCAGGAAGCUGUAAAGCUUCCAAAAUGGGUAGUUUUAUGGUGCGUAUCUCAUGGAUACGACUUAACAGAACUCAUCACUCUGUUAAGACAUGGUCCUGAAGGCGGCAUUGCCAACUUCGAAGAGACGGUGAUUAACGAAGGAGGUAUUGUCGUAAUCCUGUGCGUAGGUAUAGUGUUUUGGUUAGUCGAGAUCGGACAUCAAGUCUCGGCGCCAAGACGCUACGGUGUCCGCAAGGGGACUGAAAUUAAGAGAAUCGAUUCUCUUAUCGAUGCUGAUGGUAGGCGUAGAACACAUAUCAUCUUCAUCGUUAGGCGUAGAACACCUAUCAUCUUCAUUGUAGAGACUCGGAUCUCUAUUUCUCGGUUGGGUGUUAACCCUCUCAGACGGGAAAGCUACGGCCAAGAUCCCGACCAAUGUUCUGUUUGUCUGUGCAGCAUAAGUCCGGGUGACGUCAUCAGGGAGCUGAAAAGCUGUGGACACGUUUUCCACGCCGCCUGUUUAGAGAGAUGGGUUGGGUACGGGCACUGGACCUGUCCCCUGUGCAGAAACCAUGUGACCCGCCAGCCCGUUUUCUCUGACCAAGAUUCCGGUCAACGUUGGGAGGUUUUGGUUUUGAAUUUCGGUCAUAUCGAUUCGGUUGGUAAUAGAAGCUCGUGGUGGCUGAGAGUCAAGGAGGGGGUCUUAGAUACAAAUGAAGGCUCACUUGAAGAUAUUAGUUCUGGUCACCGGACGUCGAACGUGAGCUUGAACUUGCCGGACAUCGCUGAAACGACGGGAUUCUCGUCAUCGAACCGCCGUGAAGGGCUGGAUGACGUGGUUCGCCUGCUCCCAGCCGGUCUAUCGUCGCCUGAAAUCGGGUUCUCGGAAAUCCGCUCCCAUCGCGCUGCC